AUGAAUUACAAAAAAACAUAUUCCAUUGUGCUUCUUGCUCUGGUUGACCCAUGUUAUAAUUUUAUUGCAAUAGACGUGGGAUCAUACAGAAAAAAAUUUGAUGGAGGCAUUCUAGUAAAUUCAAACCUUGAAAAGUCAUUGGAAAACAAUACGCUUAGUGACCCAAAGAGUAAAACUUUAUGCGGAACUGAUGUUGAACUUCCAAUGGUAAUUGUAGGCGAUGAAGCUUUUCCUCUCAAAACAUACUUGAUGCGACCAUAUCCUGGCAGGAACUUAACAAAUGACAAGGCUAUAUUUAAUUAUCGUUUGAGUCGGGCAAGAAGAAUAUCCGAAAAUGCAUUCGGUAUAUUGCAACAGAAAUUUCGAAUAUUUAGAAGAAUCCUUCAGGGAGAUCCUAAUAACCUUACAAUGAUUGUGUCGGCUGCGUGUGUAGUGUACAACUUUAUUAGAAAAAUGGAAGGUUAUAGGGUGCCCGAACAGAGGAUGGAUCAAAAGGAAACUGCUGAGGGAUCCGGAAGACCAUCAAAUCUUCGAAACCUACCUCGAAUUCGUGGGAGAUCAACAGAUGCUGUAUUUGCUGCACAAGAACAACUCAAAAAAUUCCUGAAUUCUCCACAAGGGACUGUGGAAUGGCAAGAACAUGUCGCCUUGCCGACAUAA